UCCUUCAGAUAUAUGUCAACCUCAGCACUGAACCGGCUUUCGUUCAAGCUAUUGCAAGUGAAGGAAGAAGCUACAGCAAAAGUCUUUUCGAAAGAGCACUGAAGAUCGCUAGCGAACGAGUCCUUAAGAGUACGGAUGAACUCAAGGUGUUUGCAAAGUUUGCAGAGCGGGUGGAAGAAGUUAGAUUAGCUAUGGACGAAGAAGAAAUUACCGAGUACCCUGACGAAUUUGAGGUCGUCGACCUCUCAACCAUCAAGUCGCAUCUACUCUCCGACCCUACUGACCCAUUCAAUCGAGUUCCAUUGAAGCUUGAGGAUGUAACUCCACACGUGGAGUUACAAAAGCGAAUUCAAGAAUUCAUUGCUGAAAGAAAGGCAGCAACUGCUGCGGCGAGGGCCUCUGCGAUUACUCAACCAGACCCAACCAUGGAAAUUGAUGGCUCAUAG